AUGGUACCACGAUCGCAUACGGACAUAUACCUACAUCUGACACAAGAGAUUACAAGUAUAUGGAAAACCUUCUAUCGCAGAUACUGGAUACAGCAUGUCCUCGACCAGCUUAGUGCUCGCAGAGACCCACUUACUACGAUGAAUGUCAAGAAGGCCGUGAGCUGGGCUAGCCGUGCGUGGAAUGUUGAUAUAGACCCGCAGAACAUCCAAGAUUGCUUUGAUAGAUCUUCAUGGCGUGACGUACCCCGAGAGGGACCAUUCUAUGAAGACGCGCGUCUAACGGAGGCGAAGCAACAGCUACAGAGCGCCGUUAAGACACUCGAGCAGUCGUCAUUUAUUCACGAGGCCAUGGAAAUAAAUACCUUCAUAAAUCUUCCCUUUGAGAAUUCCGAGAAUUCUUGGGUUGAGGAGGGGCAGAUUGCUUCAGAGCAUGAAGUCGACUUUAUCGAAAUCCCAGAGGGGGAUUCGGAUGAGGAACUUGAAUAA